AUGGGCAAGGGAACCGACAAACUCUACAUUACCCACUCGGAGUGGUCGUCCUCGGACGCCUUUGGCAACGCGCGCGGCGCCAACAGCUCAAAUAGGAUCUCUGCUGCCGGCCUCUCGUCGACGUUCAAGCGCCUGCCCUUCAAUUACUGCGCCGUCUCGCUGCAGCCCUUCACAGACCCCGUAUGCACGGCGUCGGGUACCAUCUUUGAUCUUACCCAUAUUCUCACCUGGCUGUCGAAACACCCGGACACAAACCCUGUCGAUGGAACACUAUUGAAGCGCGCCGACCUCAUUACACUCAACUUCACCAAGAACGAAGACGGCGAAUAUGUAGACCCAGUGACGUACAAGGUCUUUACAGACAACACGCACAUUGUUGCGCUGAAGAAGAGCGGCAACGUGUUUGCAUGGGACACUGUGGAAAGGCUGAACAUCAAAGCGAAGAACUGGCAGGACCUGGUUAGCGAUGACGAGUUUACGCGCAAGGACAUCAUAACACUCCAAGAUCCGCAGAGUGUCGAAUCCAGAGAUUUCAGCUCAUUCAAGCACGUCAAGGAUGGAGAUACUGUUGUGGCCGAGGCAGACAGCGGUGUGAACAAGGAGGCGCUGGGCAACGCGGCCAAGAUUCUCAAGGCGAAGGAAGCUGUCGCAAAAGCGCGUGAAGCCAGAAAACGAGGCACAAAUGCAUCCAAAGCCCUUGCAAACGUCCCCAAAAAUGGCGCCGCAGCGUCGACCAUGGCAGCGCCCAAGAAACCCGCCUACAACGCGGCCGUCUAUACCUCUGGUAAAGCUGCGGCAUCCUUCACGUCGACCGGCGUCACACCACAUACCUCGGGCGAACGCGCCCUCCUCUCCGAUGAAGACUACAUGCUCAAGCCGAAGCGUGUCAAGAACAAGGGUUACGCGCGCAUAUCCACCUCUCUUGGCGAUCUCAACAUUGAACUUCUUCCCGAAUAUGCACCGCGCGCAGUAUGGAACUUUGUGAAGCUAGCACAAAAGGGAUACUACAGCCACACCAUCUUCCACCGAAAUAUCAAAGGCUUCAUGAUACAGGGUGGGGACCCCACAGGCACAGGAAGAGGCGGCCAGAGCAUAUGGGGCAAGCCUUUUGAAGACGAGUUCGAGGGUCCGGAGAGGCAUAACGCGAGAGGAGUAUUGAGCAUGGCAAAUAAGGGCAAGGGUACCAAUACGAGCCAGUUCUUCAUCACGUACCGCGCGGUACCGCAUCUCGACCGCAAACACACAAUUUUCGCACGAGUAGUAGGCGGACUGGACACCACCUUGCGCUCCAUGGAGAUUGCAGAAGUCGGUGAGAAGGACAAACCAGUCGAUGAUAUUGAAAUUCUGGAUAUAUCCGUCUUCGUAGACCCCUUCGAGGAGUGGCAGAAAGAGCGCAAAGACAAGGAAAACAAAGAACUAGAAGCCGAAGAGAUCAAGAGGCAGGGUGGCAUUGCUGACGAUAAGACAACUUGGACGGGCAAGCGCAUACGUGCAGAUGGCACAGUUGACAACAGCAGCGGGGAAGGCCUGGGCGUAGGCAAGUACCUCCAAGCCGCGAAACAGGAGAUACAAAACCAGGGUGAUGAUGAGAUAAUCGGCUACGUGGAUGAAGAGGAGGAUGUGGCGCCCGUCAAGAAGAAAGCCAAGACUGGUGGCUUUGGUAACUUUGAUGCCUGGUAA